UUCCAAUGUGGCGGCUAAUUGGGUACAUAUAAUAUAUCCUCUUUGCUACUAGUAUUCUUUGUCAUCAAAUUCUUAAUUCCGACACUUAGAUCAGAUUAUUGACCACCUCCACCGACAAUGUACACUACAUGAACUCCAAUGAUCCAACUCCCAUUUCCACACUCCAAUCUCCAAUGUCUAUUCCCAUUGAGAGAAAACCCCUCUCUCUCAUCCUCUAUCUCCUCACACUCUCUCUCAUCCAAUCCCCAUCCCAAUCAUGCCACCAAGUAGACAAACAGGCCUUACUUGGAUUCAAGCACAAAAUCACCUCCGACCCAUCAAACCUCCUCCUCUCAUGGACACCCUCCUCCGACUGCUGCGCCUGGGCUGGCGUCGUCUGCGACCCCACCUCCGGCCGAGUCGUUAACGUCUCUCGCUCCGGCCUCAUGUCGGGCGCCGACUUCAUCCUCGACACCUACAUGGCCGGAACUCUCUCCCCCUCCCUCUCCAACCUCUCUUUCCUCCAGCUCCUCGACCUCAGUAACCUCAAAGAGUUGAAAGGCCGAAUUCCGCCCGAAUUCGGAAGGCUUUCGAAACUCAAUCACCUCUUUCUCGACAAAAACAAGCUCGCCGGUUCGAUUCCCACGUCAUUCCAAUUCCUCACCAAACUGGAAAAGCUUUUCCUCAGUAACAACAAUUUGUCCGGUACUGUCCCUUCCACUGUUUUUCCAUCUCUUUCCUCUCUCUCCCAAUUGGGUCUUUCGAGUAACCGAUUUUCCGGUCAAAUCCCACUUUCACUUGGCAAUAUGGUUUCACUAACACAGCUUGAUCUCCACGAAAAUAACUUUUCUGGGAAAAUUCCAGACACCAUUGGGAAACUCAAGUUGCUUGAAUAUCUUGAUUUAUCCGAAAACCAAAUAAGUGGAAGCAUACCCAAGUCAAUUGGCGGACUGUCCAAAUUGGUUUUGAUGUAUCUCAACCAAAACCAACUCACUGGAACCAUCCCAUCGUCGAUUUCUGGACUUGUUUCCAUGCAAUUCUGUCGGUUAUCCGAAAACAAGCUGACCGCGGCAUUGCCGGCAUCGAUCGGGCAGCUUUCGAACAUCCAGAGGCUGAUUUUCGAAAACAAUAUGCUGGGUGGAAAACUGCCCGCAACCAUUGGAAACCUUGUCAAUGUCACUGAUAUUUUCUUCUCAAACAACAGGUUUUUCGGGGAAAUCCCAUCAAGUUUUGCCAAUUUAGGGAGUCUUCAAACACUUGAUUUGUCGAGAAACCAACUCUCUGGUCCAAUUCCUCCUCAACUUGUGAAACUACAGAAUUUACAAAGCUUAGACCUCUCAUUUAAUCCUCUUGGACUUGUGACCAUACCAGAAUGGAUUGAAAACUCGAGGCUUUUUCGGCUACUGUUAGCGAAAACAGGACUCAAAGGUCAGCUCCCAAAUUGGUUAUCUUCCUCAUCAAUGUCAACACUUGAUUUAUCAAGCAAUGGAUUGACAGGGAAAUUACCCACUUGGAUUGGAAACAUGACAAACCUUUCAUUUCUUAACUUAUCAAACAACAGAUUCCACUCGUCGAUUCCACUAGAAUUCAAGAACUUAGUGCUUCUCAUGGAUCUUGAUCUCCACUCCAACAUGCUAUCAGGACAAUUAGAUGCAGUUUUUUCGAAAAAUGUCCAAGAACCACUCGGGCAUUUCAACUCCAUUGACCUAUCCAACAACACAUUCAAGGGUUUUAUCGACGAAAACAUUGGGGAAAAAACGGCUAUGACUUCCAUCGUGUCGCUAGUCCUUUCGCAUAAUCCAUUGGGAGGACCAAUACCGGCGUCACUGGGACAACUGAGUGCAUUGCAGGUGCUAGAACUUUCAGGAAACGAGCUUUCGGGAAGGAUACCAACGGAGCUUGGCAAUGCCACGGAGUUGACAACGAUAGUGCUUUCCAAUAACAAAUUGAUUGGUAGUAUUCCCGAAAACAUACUGAACUUGAAGGGGCUGAUAGAGUUUGAUGUUUCUGGGAAUCGGCUAAGUGGGAGAAUUCCUCCUCAUAAGGCUCUUCUACCUGUUUCUGGUUUUUUGGGCAAUCCGGGAUUGUGUGGAGCUCCGCUCCCUCCUUGUAAACACCGCUAAUUCCUCCUCGUUAAAAUCAUAACUUUCGACGCGUAAAUCGUUGUCCUCCUAAAACGCAUAGUUUUGAUCGGUCAAUUUGUAGCAACAGUUGAUGCAAUUUCAUACUUAACAAGUUGGUUAUGCUCGUUAA